AUGCUGGCGCCCAACACCCUGAUCGACGCGCAGCACCGCCGCCAGGACACGGGCGAGCGCGCGCCGCCGCCGCAGUCGCACUGGCGGCGCGCGUGGGCGCGGACGCAGCCGACGCUCGACGACAAGACGGAGCGGCGCCUGCUGCACGCCGGGCUGCAGUUCCAAAACGCGAUGAAGGCCCUGGACCAGGAGCAGCAGGCGAUCCUGGAGCAGCACCGCGACAUCAGCAGCCCGGCAGCUGCGCAGCAGCUGGAAGAGCGCCUGCAGCAGGUGCUGGCGCGGUACCAAGCGACGGCGCUGACUCAGCACCUCUUCACCAUCUUCACGCCGACGUCCGCAAUGUGCUGGGUGGGUGGCGCCGCGCCCGCGCCCGCGCCCGCUCCCCCGCCCGCGCCCGCACAGCGCAGCGCCGCGCUCUUCGACUGCCACCCCGGCGCGCAGCGCGAGGGCUGCCCCCCAAAGCGCCCCUCGCGCCGCGCCAAGCGCCCGCCGCCCUCGUCGCCCUCGUCGCUCCCGUCUAACCCGGCCGCGCGCCGCGUCCCCCCGCCCCGCGACGCCCCUGGCGCCGCAGGCUAA